AUGGAGCCAAACAAACAGGAGGUGCUUGUAAAGUACCAGAAAGUCCUUAAAGAGCACGCAGACUCGAUGGAGGCAAUGCGGUCGGUGAACGAGUCUCUAAAGAACCAGGCGCUGGAGCACGACAAGACCGAGCGCGACAUAAAAACCCUGCAGAGCGUAGGGCAGAUGGUGGGCGACGUGCUGAAGCAGCUGGACGAGGAGCGGUUCAUAGUGAAGACGUCGCAGGGCCCCCGGUACAUUGUGGGCGCGCGUAAGUGCAUUCCGCGCGAGCUGCUGGUGCCGGGCGCGCGCGUGGCGCUGGACAUAACAACCCUCACAAUAAUGAGGCACCUUCCCAGGGAGGUUGACCCAACAGUGCACGCCAUGUCGAUAGAAAAGCCUGGAAACAUUUCGUUCGACAGCAUCGGAGGGCUUGCAGAGCAGAUACGGGAAAUCCGCGAGGUGAUCGAGCUGCCCAUCAAGAACCCUGAAAUAUUCAGCAGGGUGGGGGUUUCGGCGCCAAAGGGGGUGCUUCUGUACGGCCCCCCGGGGACCGGAAAGACUCUUCUGGCCCGGGCAGUGGCUGCAACCCUGGACUCGAACUUCCUGAAGGUGGUGAGCUCUGCUAUUAUUGAGAAGUACAUUGGAGAAAGCAGUCGAAUGAUCCGGGAGAUGUUCACGUACGCCAAGAACAACCAGCCGUGCGUGAUAUUCUUGGACGAAAUAGACGCAAUUGGAGGAAAGCGGUCCUCAGACAGCACGUCCUCAGACAGAGAGGUGCAGCGCACCCUUAUGGAGCUGCUGAACCAGAUGGACGGGUUUGAGGAGCUGGGCAGAGUUAAGGUGAUAAUGGCGACAAACAGGCCGGACAUUCUCGACCCUGCGCUGCUGCGGCCUGGGCGGCUGGACAGAAAAAUAGAGAUACCGCUUCCAACGAGCCAAGGGCGGCUGGAAAUUCUCAAGAUACACUCGGACAGCAUGGAUAAACGGGGCGAAAUAGACUACAACACAAUUGUGAAGAUGUCGCACGGGUUCAACGGGGCCGACAUUCGGAACAUCUGCAGCGAGGCCGGGAUGCUGGCCAUUCGGGAAGAGCGGGACUUUAUAGUGCAGGAAGACCUCACGAGAAGCGUGCGCAAGAUUGCAGACCAGAAGAAACUGGAAGGGCGCAUGGACUACAAGAAGGUGUAG